CCUGCCGCUCAUUCUGGCUUCAUGCGCCGCAGUUCAAAAAUCCAGUGCGAAUCCGUAUAUUAUCUCCGUACCUCGCUCGCGUCUCGGAUAAUUCGAUAAAUUUUUUUUUCGACGUUUUCCCGUGCACAUCCAUUAAAUAGGACUAAUAGUGUUUUUCAAGUGUUAUUUUUUUGAUUUUAAUUUUUCAUUGGUUUACGUUUUAUUAUAAUAUAUCAUAAUAUGUUUUUAUAAUUUUUUUUUUUUAUAUAUAUUUUUUAGUAAUAUAAUAUAAUAUUAUAUGUGUUAAUGUUAAUUAUUUGUUUUAAAACAGUGUGAUUGCAGUUUUUCUUGGACGAUGACGAACAUUUAAACAUGGACCGGUAUUUUUUCAACAAGACAAAUUACGAACAUAUAUAAUCAGUAUUUCGUUAAGUGGACGACGAUGACAAUUUCAUGACAUGAACACUUUUGGUGUGGAACAAAAAAACGGCCACGUGCCGCCAUGGGACUGUCAGUGGCGGGAGACGGGCCUUCGUAGAUUUAACGCUGCGAAGGACACCGUCGAUUCAGCCAAAGGCAUCGCGAAGACUAUGCUAAUUGACCGGUUACAAAGCUUAAUUGCGGUGCUUAUCACAUUAAUUGGCGUUUUGCUUGCAAAUUCGGCUUCAGAACCUUUAUUACCCACGGAUUGGUCGAACGAAACGCAUCGUCAGAGCAACAACAAAAGUCUGAACAAAAACUCUCAAGACUGGUUAGGCGGAGAAGAAACAUCGAUAGAAGAAGAGGUAGCCGAUCAUCAUUGGCUGUCUAGUCGUAAGAGUCAAGAAUAUCUAGUCUCUGUCGGUGGUCAGGAAGACUGUUGUCCGUCACAGAUGGAAAUGAUCGAACCGAACGGCGGAAGCAACCCAGACGGGCUGUACGUUGAGCUUUUCAGCGACGGGGCCGACAAGCAGCGGUUCUACGAGGUGUCGUGCAAGCCGGGCGUCGAGGGCAAGCCGUGCCUGUUCAUGGAGCGCAAGCUGCACGGCCACUCGACGUGCGUGCAACGGUACUCGUACUCGUACGCGAUCGUGCGCGAGGAGAACGCCAGGCACCACCACGGCGGCGUCGGCGCGGGCGGACAGUACAACAGCAACGGUGGCAAGCAGACGUUCCAGUCGCUGUUCCCGAACGACAACAACGUUUGGAAAUUGGAUUACAUAAAGGUGCGCAGCGGGUGCGCGUGCAUGGUGCAGUCGCCCAAGAAAAAGCAACAAAAGCAGAGGCGGAAGAACGGCGGCGGCGUGGCGGGGGGGAGCAGCGGCGGCGGCGGCGGCGGUGGCGGCGGCAAGAGCAGGUCGCAACAGUGAGCGAUGACCAAGACGACGCCGACGACGACAUUACAGCGGCGGCGGCGGCGGUGAUGACGCCACUGCCGCCGAGCACGGUGUGUUCCGCGAGUCCUAUUCAAUAGACGACGACUACGACGACGACGACGACCCUUUUUUUCGUGUCGUCGUCGUCGUGUGUUCGCUCGUCGCGCGCCUACGCACACAAUUUAUUAUUAUAAUAAUAUUAUUAUAUAGUGUUCGUGUAUACGCACUACGUUAUUAAUAUUAUUAAAUGUAUUAAAUAUAUUUUACCUAAUAUUAUUAAUAUUAUCGUGUACACGCCGACACGCCUCUCAUCCGUUCUCGACUCGACGCCGAUUGUUUUUUUUUUUCACUCAUAAAUUUUUAGAUAUAUAUUUUUUUUUCUACUGUAUAUUAUAUAUUUUUAUGAUAUUAUGCCAAAAAACAAAAAACCACCGGCGAUAUUUUUCAACUAGAUUUUUGUUUUUUUUUAUCGCUUUUAGUUUGUUUUUUAAUCCAAACGUUAACACACGUUGCGCACGUCAUGCCGCGCGAGUCUUCUAUACUUCUUCUCCUUCCCCACCCACCUCAUCAUCCUCCUCCGUUUUUUGUAUUUUCAUUCACUCUUGCCCUAAAUAUAAUAAACGCUCACCGCUGCAUUAGCGCUUUCACGUAUAAACACACCGCGCACUCGCAAUUUAUAAAGACGUUAGAAAAAAAAAAAAUAGCAUUAAUUUAUACAUCGCUACAAACCGUUUUUUUUUUUAAAUAUGUUAUCUAUACAUAUAUAUAUUAUAUUUUUAAUAACGAUUUUUAAUUCAAUAUAAUAUAAAAUAAUAUAUAUAAUACACAACUAUAUUCAUAUAUAAUAUAAAUAUUAUAAUGUAGCGAGCGGUUAUAAUAAUAGUAAUAUAUAAUAAUAAUAAUAUUAUACUGUUUAUAGUCAUUCGAAUGUUACCUUAGGCUUAUGAAUAGGUAAUAUUGUUAAGUAAUUACGACUGCUUCGCAACGAUAGGUAGGUAGAUAGGUAUAUAUACAUACUAUACAUAUAAUAAGUGCAUAUUAUAAUGAUAAAAGAAAAAAAAAAUAAUAAAUGUUUUUUGUUUUAUAUUAUAUACAUAUACUCGUUACCUCGAUCUAUAAUUAUCAUCUUCGGGAUGAAUUACAACAUGUUAAUUUUUUUUUAUCAAACAAAAGCGCUACGUCUUACUACUCUUAAAUAUAUAUAUAUAUACGUAAUAUCUCCUUAUAACUUAAUAUUCUUCUAAAUUAAUAUUAUAUUACAUAAUAUCCUUUUCUUCAGCACCCGCAUUAUUAACUUAUUAUUUUUUUUAUUUUUUUCAUCAUAAUUUUUUUCCUUCAUCAUUCUGUUGUACAUCAUAACAAAUAUUAUAAUAUAUGUUUUCUCAAAUCUUUAUAAGUGUACAUUUUAUGUAUACAUUAAAAUACAUGGUAUGGAUAUGUAUUGACAUAUUGUAUGUGUAUAUUUAUUUAUUUUUUGUUAAUACUAUUACCGUGUUGAUAUAGUAGGUAUGUACAUUGUACACUGUGUACACAGUACAUACACAUACGUAUUUAUUGACUAAAAUAUUAUUGUACAUUUUAUGUUGUUUAUUUAUUUACUAUACUUUUAAUAUAUAUAUACACAUACAUAUUAUUAUUAUGUAUAACUAUUAUAAUAAUUUAAUUAUCGAAUAUUUUUUUUUUUGUAUUCUUUUGUUUUUUGUCAAUUUAAAUUUUGGUUCGUUUCUUAUAUAUUAUAUAUUAACGACUCAUUAAGCUGUUUUUGCCACACAUAAUUGCAUCAUAUUAAAUGUUACAUAACAUAGCCAAUAGUUACAUAACCGAUGUCAAACGCACACAUACAAGUGUCUGCGUUGAGCGCGCGCGUACUUAAUAAUGUAUAAUAUCUUUAUACAAAUAUUUUUAUAUUCGAGUUUGUAUCCAGACAACGACUGUGUACCUAUAAUAUAAUAGCACAAAAUAAUAAAAUAUUAUAUUUUACUACGUA